GAUAGAGAGGAGGUUAUUCUUUCGCCACAAAAGCGGUGAGUGAAGAAGUUCUUGAUGAAGAGUUCGCUGGAUGAGAUUGACACGGUCGAGCCAUUGAGACAAGCCCUUCGGCAGCCCAUGCAGUGCUCCAUCCUGGAGUAUCUGGCAGCAUCCAAGCCGGCUCGUGACGAGUUACAGAUGAUCACGCGGAAGACUCGCAUACCUCUAUCGGAGGAGGUUCAGGUGGCCUCUAAGGCAGAUGCUCCUACCGUAGCAGUAUCGGAGGUGACUGCUAGAGCAGAACGCAUGGCGACAGUUCUUUUUGAUGGGAUGGAAGGUGUGCCUCCAGACAAGUUUUACAUACUUAGUAGUGGGACCGUGGAGGCGAUCCUAAACGAUAGAGCGGUACUAGAUGCUGUGAUCGAUAACGGCAGUGAGGCUGUCAUUGUAGACGAGGACCUGACAGAGCAAGUUGGACUGGGUCCCGAUAGGUCAUACUUGUUUGAGAUAGAGACGGCUGACAGGAGAAAGCAACAUAUCACAGGAGUUUGUCACAAGGCAGCCAUAGAAGUCCAAGGGGUACGAGUGACUCUGCCAGUCUUUGCAGUCAAGAACUGCAGCUCUGACCUGCUUUUAGGACGGACGUGGUUCAGCCAAGUGCAUGCGGUGACGAUAGAGCGAUCGGACGGGAGCCAGACACUAUCCAUUAAUAAGCUAGAUGAGACGUGGGUUAUGAUUGAGACGGUGGAGCCUCGAGAUCCGAGGAACAGAGCAGCUCUUGCUGAGGAGUGGGACCCAGUGAUCGGAUUAAGUCAUUACCUGUCUCCAGCCGCGCGGUGCGAUUUCGCGAGAAGAAGUACAGGCCUCAACUUACGAAAGAAGAAGGGCAGAUCGUCGAAGUGGAAGAUUUAGGAAAUCGGCUGAUAAUGGAUGGGAACUCUUAUCUAAAGGAAAGG